AAUUAAUUUAUACGUUUGAGGUUUGAAUCCGUCUAUUAGCAGAAAUUACAAUUUCUCUUUUUUUGGUUCAUUAUUAGCAACAACAAAAUUCUUUGUUUUCAAUAGUUCAAAUGUACUGGUGACAACUGACAUAUUUACAAACACGUGCACUUCUUUUAGAUCUACUUAACCUAUAAAAUAUCCAUCAACUACUUUUUUACUUUACCAAAAUGAAUGAUAUUCCAGGUUUUGCAGAUCCGAGCCUAUUGAAGGAUUCCGCUAAAAAUGAGGAAGGUAAAAAGAAGGGAAACAAAAAAGGAGGAUUUCAAUCCAUGCAUUUAAAUUACAAUGUUCUCAAAGGGAUAAUGAAAAGGGGUUACAAACAGCCUACACCAAUUCAGAGAAAAACAAUUCCUAUAAUAUUGGAUGGAAAAGAUGUAGUGGCCAUGGCAAGAACAGGUAGUGGUAAGACUGCAGCCUUUUUGAUUCCCUUAUUUGAAAAAUUGAAAGCUCGCAGUGCUAAAAGUGGAGCUAGAGGUCUUAUAUUUUCACCUACCAGAGAACUUGCCCUACAGACUUUAAAGUUUAUUAAAGACAUUGGCCGUUUUGUGGGCUUAAAAGCAGCUGUUAUACUUGGAGGUGAUUCCAUGGAAGACCAAUUUUCAGCAAUUCAUGGUAACCCAGAUAUCAUUGUUGCUACACCUGGUAGACUUUUGCAUGUGUGCAUUGAAAUGGAACUAAAAUUGAAUAACAUUGAAUAUGUUGUUUUUGAUGAAGCGGAUAGAUUAUUUGAAAUGGGUCUUGGAGAUCAAUUAACAGAGAUUAUAAGAAGAUUGCCUGAUACAAGGCAAACUGUGUUGUUUUCUGCCACAUUACCAAAAGUUCUGGUUGAAUUUGCCAAAGCAGGCCUGAGUGAUCCUGUUUUAUUAAGAUUGGAUGUAGAAUCUAAAUUGCCCACAGAAUUGGUGUGUUGGUAUUUUAAUGUUCGAGCAGAAGAAAAAUUAGCUGCACUUUUGGUGCUUCUAAAAACUCAUAUAGACCUAAAUCAACAAACAGUUGUUUUUGCAGCAACAAAACAUCAUGUUGAAUAUUUACAUGCUGUGUUGGAUAAGGUAGGAAUCAGCAAUACAUACAUUUAUUCUAAUUUGGAUCCAUCUGCUAGGAAAAUUCAUGCUGCCAAAUUUAGCCUUGGUAAUGUAAAGGUAUUAAUAGUAACAGAUGUGGCUGCCAGAGGUAUUGAUAUACCCCAGCUAGACAAUGUCAUAAAUUUCAAUUUUCCUGCCAAGCCAAAACUAUUUGUACAUAGAGUAGGUAGAUGUGCAAGAGCUGGAAGAAGUGGUACUGCUUAUUCUCUUGUGGCCCCUGAUGAAUAUGCUUAUCUUCUAGAUUUGCACUUAUUUUUAGGACGACCCCUUACAAUAGCAACAUCUGCUAACAAAAAUGGAGCUGUUGGGAAAAUACCACAGGCUUUGAUAGAAGAGCAACACAGUUCCAUUUUAAUCUUACAUGAAAAUAACACAGAUUUGGUUGCUUUGAAAAAGGUGGCAUCAAAUGGUUAUGAGCAAUACAUAAGAUCUAGGCCUAAUGCAUCUGCAGAUAGUAACAGACGAAUUAAGGAGCUGCCUCUAUCUUCUUGCUGGGUCCAUCCAGUUUUCCAACAUAUUUCGGAGGAAAUUGAAGAAGAACGGGAAAAUCUUUUGGAUAAAAUGAAGACUUAUAGACCACAUGGGACUAUAUUCGAAAUAUGUGGCAAAAAUAAAUCAACAGAAUACCAAAUAAUGAAACAGAAGCGGGCUUUUCACAAAGAGAAAAUCAGUACACAUCAUCAACGGUUGGAGCAGAAACAAGCAGAAGUUGAAGAUACGAAAAAUAAGGAUGAAAUAACAUUGGAGAACAGCAAUAACGAUGACAUAAAUGAUGCAUUUUCUGAAGUAGUUAUACCCAAAAAAAGAAAGAUGGAUUCCUUGUAUAAGAAAAACAAGAAACAAAAACUUAAGGAUGAAAAUUAUAUUCCUUAUACACCUAUAGAUCAACACACUGAACAAGGGUUAGCGGUCAAUAACUUCCAAAAAGAGGUUCUUGGUGCUCAAUUAGACAUAGUUGGCGACUCAGAAGAAACUUUAAAAUUGAGUAAGCAGUUAAAAGUAUGGGACAGAAAGAAAAAGAAAAUGAUUGAUGUUACAGAUUCCAAGGCAGGUAAAAUUAAAACCGAAUCAGGUGUAUGGAUACCAGCUACAUAUAAAAGUCAGAGAUAUGCACAAUGGAAAGAAAGAACAAAAGCAGACCAAGAAGCUGACAAUGAUGAUGAGGAUGCUGAAGAGGCGCCUACACAAAAAGGUCCUCAUAGAAAAGUUUUUACACAUUGGGCCAAACAUAAUGAAAAAAUAAAGUUGAAACAACGGAAAUCAGAAUUGAAAUCAAGUGAUCAAAUUGUUAAAGCGAGGUUGUUAGCUGAGAAAAAGAAGCAAAAACAGAAGAAAGGAAAAGGAAAAAGCAAAGGAAACAAAGGGAAAAGGGGAAGAAAAUAAUGGCGUUAUUAGAACAUUGUUAUAAACAGUUUAUUUUUGUAAAUAUAGGAUUCCUAUUUAAGAAUUUAUUUUGAUUUCAAUGGCCUAAUAAAACUAAAUGAACUAGA